UCCUUUUCCUUUUCUUCCAAAUCUUUUCCUCUUCUUCCAAAUCUUUCAAUCCAAACGCACUGAGACGGCCUUCUAACUCUUCCUAUUGUCCACCAACAUAUAGGGGCUGUGGAACUACAAUUUAUCCAACGGUUGCCUUUUGCGUAGAAAUUUAGAGAGAGAAAGUAAGAGAGAGAGAGAGAGAGAGAGAGAGAUGGCAACAUCUGUGAGUGAAGGAGGGACAGAGGCAGCGAGGAAGAUAGUAUGGAACGAGAGGCAAAAGAGGUUUGAAACAGAGGAGAAGGAAGCUUACUUGCAGUAUCAGCUGAGAGAUGGAGGGAAAGUGAUGGACAUUGUCCACACCUUCGUGCCCUCAACCAAAAGGGGCUUAGGUUUGGCCUCUCACCUCUGCGUUUCGGCCUUCACUCAUGCCAAAUCACAUUCCAUCUCUGUCAUCCCCACCUGCUCUUACGUCUCUGACACUUUUCUUCCUCGAAACCCAUCUUGGAAUUCUGUUUUGUACUCGGAGGAGGGUCACAAAUCUAAUAUAUGAAGCUUCGACAGUGUCAUGCCGUUACGCCUAUUGACAUGUUGGAUAUAUAUUUGUAAUAAGCGUUGUGUUUUUCUUGCACUGACGUCUUUACACGGUCAUGCUUGUAAUCUUAAAUGGAGAAUGCCCUUGUUGUUCUUGUUGUGAAAUAGUUUGUUUUGUAAACAUA